GACUUCAACGUGUUCGUACUUUGUAGUGACUCUAGGUGCUGAAGUAUGACAGGUCACGCACAUCGUGCGAUUCAUGUCUAGUUUUGCUUGUGUUGUGACAUUUUGGGAAAAGCGCAGGUAGAUGAUCGCAUUUUACACCUGAAAUAAAGCUCUUUUCGUCUUGAAAUCGUGUAACAAGUACAAUGAGCGAUGACGAUCGAGAUAUUGACGUGGAAAGCGAUGAAGGUGACGACUCGGAUUCCCGCCAACCUACCCCCGGGAGACAAUCUUCUGGAAGCCAGUAUUAUUCACAGGCCGAAAAACGGGCACAUCACAACGCGCUGGAAAGAAAACGUCGAGACCACAUAAAAGACAGUUUUAGCAGCCUACGAGACUCUGUUCCCGCUCUCAACGGGGAAAAAGUAGCGAGUAGAGCGCAAAUCUUAAAAAAGGCCGCGGAGUAUAUUGUAUUCAUGAGAAAAAAGAACCAUUCCCACCAACAGGAUAUCGAAGAUCUCAAAAGACAAAACAACCUUCUAGAAGCUCAGAUUCGUACCUUAGAGAAAGCCAAAACUACAGGGUCCUUCGGAGUUGAAUCUUCAGACGGAAAAGAUUCGAAUUACAAUGAAACAGAAUCAGACACUUCAGACAUGGAGGGAUCUGUGCAACCAAGGAGGCCAAAGAAGCUGAAAGUUGGAUCAUACCAUUAGCAGAUAUUGUGAAGAUGACGUGCAAAAGAAGAAACGAGAUUUCAAUACUUUGACUCUUCUUAAUGCGGUGAAACCGUCCGCAUAUUUUUGUCAGUACAAUUUAGUAGUUUGUAAUACUUAGUAAAUGAACAAGUGGAAUCUUCAGUCUUUGUAAAUGUCAAAAUCGUUUAAAGUUAAGUUUAUUUUUUUUAAGUUUAUAACAAUCAUUUUGACGAAGGAUUCAGAAACUGUUUGUGUAAAAAUAUAAAUAUUGUAGUUUAUGUUAAUUAUUGUUUGUAGUUUAAUACAAACUUGUUUGUAUGUUUAAAUGUAAGUUUAUUGAAUCAAUGAAAUCAUGUUUACGAUA